UUAAAAAAUGAAUUUCAGAUAAGGGAAGUUCUUAUGACAUGUAAUAUUCGUGGAUUUUUCGUUGGGAUUAGUUUGGUGGAUUUCCUUUUUCUUUUGGUAAAAGGGAUUUUGACUUUUGAGAAUACGAUCACCCUGAAAAAGAGAACCCACCUUAAACCCUACUAUUAGUUAAUCUGAGAGAGAGUGACAUCAUCCACGGCGGAGAUGGCAAAAAUAACGGUGGGAUGUGAACCAGUGAUAGGAUCAUUAAACCCAACAAAAAAGAGAGAUUACAGGGUCACUAACAGGCUGCAAGAAGGCAAACGUCCCAUUUAUGCUGUUGUUUUCAACUUCAUUGAUUCUCGUUUCUACAAUGUUUUCGCCACCGUUGGCGGUAAUCGCGUUACUGUAUACCAAUGUCUUGAAGGUGGUGUUAUCGCUGUACUUCAGUCCUACAUUGAUGAAGAUAAGGAUGAGUCUUUCUACACUGUGAGCUGGGCUUGUGAUGCUGAUGGGACACCGUUGCUUGUAGCCGGAGGAAUUAAUGGUAUAAUUCGUGUCAUUGAUGCUGGCAAUGAGAAGAUACACAAGAGUUUUGUUGGUCAUGGGGACUCGGUUAAUGAAAUUAGAACACAAGCGCUAAGACCGUCUCUUGUGCUUUCUGCAAGUAAAGAUGAAUCUGUUCGCUUGUGGAAUGUUCAAACUGGAAUCUGCAUUUUGAUCUUUGCUGGAGCUGGUGGUCAUCGCAAUGAAGUGCUAAGUGUGGAUUUCCAUCCUUCAGAUAUAUAUCGCAUUGCUAGUUGUGGUAUGGAUAAUACCGUAAAGAUUUGGUCGAUGAAAGAGUUUUGGACAUAUGUAGAGAAAUCUUUUACAUGGGAGGGACUUCCUUCACAAUUUCCUACAAAAUAUGUGCAGUUUCCGGUGUUGAUUGCUUCAAUUCAUACAAACUAUGUCGACUGCAACAGGUGGCUUGGUGAUUUUAUAAUAUCAAAGAGCGUUGACAAUGAGUUCAUAUUAUGGGAGCCAAAGAUGAAAGAGCAAUCUCCAGGCGAGGGCACAGUGGAUAUCCUUCAGAAAUAUCCUGUCCCUGAGUGUGACAUCUGGUUUAUAAAGCUUUCUUGUGAUUUUCAUUAUAAUGCUGCUGCUGUAGGUAACAGGGAAGGGAAAAUAUAUGUAUGGGAAUUGCAGACAAGCCCCCCUACUCUCAUCGCACGGUUAGCUCAUGUUCAAUCCAAAUCUCCCAUCAGGCAAACUGCAAUGUCGUUUGAUGGAAGCACAAUACUCAGUUGCUGUGAAGAUGGCACCAUUUGGCGCUGGGAUACGGUUGCAACUGCGUAGUUCGAUAUGAGAUGGGUCAUGGAGUACCUUGUAUAGUGCUUCAUCGAGCAAUGUAGGGUACAGUAUUUAUGUUGUAUUUCAUGGUGGUGAGGCAACUUGUUUUUUGUUUAGCAGUCUUAGAGUUGAAGUUAAGUAUGAGUCCAGGACAAACAUUUAUUUAUAGUUUUAGUAUGUUAACUAUCUUGGUGGUUUAUCUUUCAUGAACAAAACUUUAAUUCCAAAUU